AUGUCCUUACUGUGGCAAGUCACUUACUCCCUCCUAUUUGACCCUCUUCGCAAUAUUCCUGGCCCUGUCCUUGCAAAAUGCUCCUCGCUCUGGCUACGCUACCAACGCUGGCAUGGUCAACUCUCCCUCACGGCCGACUCUCUUCUUGCCAAAUACGAUACCUCCAUUCUUCGCUUGAGUCCGGACUUGGUCUUGAUUAACGACUCCGAAGCUGUGGAAAAGGCUUUCAACCGGAGAGAUCUCGAUACGUCGCCGGAAUCGAUUCGUGCUUUGAGAGUAGGAGGACAUGAUUGGACUGUGACCUAUCCGCAGUAUGGCGUUGCGAGACAAAGGCGGCAUCCUGUCAUGAUUGCAAGUACGACGAAGAACUUAAAAGCUCGGCAUGAUGUCUGGAGGGAGAACGUUCUAAAGAUGGUCACGGAUAUCGACAGAAGCCAGGGAGAGAGGAGCGAGGAUAUCGUGAGACAUUUGAGGAUCUGUACGUUGAAAAGCUCGCAGGUCUUGAUCGGAGGUCCUGGAGUGCAAUUGGAGACAGAAGAGUUUCCGAGGAUUGUGGGAGAGUAUAAUUUCCUUGUAGUAUGGAGACUGUGUUUGCCAGAGUGGACAUUUGAGUGGUUGAAGCAUUUUUCACUCUUGGAGCGAGUUUGGUACCGAGUGAGAUCCAGCGACAUGUUGUUUGACCUUGGAGUGGAUAUUUGUCGGCAAGCCGAAGUCAACCGGGAUGUUGAGGCGCCUAAUGCUGCACCGAAUGUUUACGAACUCUGUGUCGAUCCUGAUGCGAAAUACCCAGCCCAAUCUUGGACCAAAAACGAAUUAGGCGCUGAGAUGGCUGGACAAGUUCUCGCAGCUACCGAAACGACGUCUUCGGCAUUGGCAUUCAUCUACUACGAGUUAGCCAAGAAUGCAAGGCUACAGCAGGAGCUAUAUCAAGAAUUGGCGAGAGCCGACACGGACGAAGAGCUGGACUCUCUGAAAUUGCUCGACGCGUGUAUCAAAGAAGGCCUCCGCUUUCGACCUCCCGUGGCGCUGACAGGCAGCCGACUGGUUCCUGCAGGUGGUGUGGAGGUGUGUGGCCACUAUCUGCCUGAAGGUACCGUGAUAACCACACAAUCACUCUCCAUGAGCAGGCAGCGACGCGAUCUAUUCCCGGACUACGACACAUACAAUGCACAGCGUUGGCUCAUAGAGGAUGGAAAGAGUGCGGAGAGAAAGCGUCUUCUCGUGCCGUUCGGUGUUGGAUCUCGAAGGUGCCCUGGUGGGAACAUGGCCCUGUAUCAGAUGCGCAUGAUUCUUUAUCAUACGAUUCGAGCCUUUGACGUUCGACUUGCACCGGAGACGACGCCCGAGAAGAUGGAGCCCUUCGAGGCCAAUGGCUAUCGGUCGAGGCACGAUAGAUGCGACUUGAUUUUUGUUCCACGAAGCGUUGGAGGUGGAAAGUAA